CUGGAGUAUCCAGUAAGGUAAGUUCAUCCAUAAUGCAGUCCGAAGAUGUGGUUCAGGUUAGCGAUAAGAGGUGCACCGCAGAUAUGAUUCUUGCCCGAGAUACCGUCUUAUCAGACAUAAUGGACUCCAAGCUAGCGGGCUCAAAUUCUCGCGAA